AUGGCCGCCCGGGCGGUCCCGGCGUCCCCGCCCGGGUCCGGCGGGGGCCCGCGGGACAGGACCCCCCCGCCGCCGAAGCCCCCCGCCCCGCAGCCGGACCCCGCCCGCGCCAAACCGACGACGCCGGAGACCAAGAGGGUCGUGGCCGUGCUGGACGAGGCCAUCCGGAAGGCGGAGGUGGCCACCCUGCUGUCCCACGUGGCCGCCAACCUGGAGAGCUUCGAGGCCCGGCUCGGGGAGGAGCUGAGCCGGGCGGUGAGGGUUCACCGGGACCUGGCGAGCCGCCUGGACGGGGCGGACGGGGGGCCGGGCCCCGAGGCGCGGCCCCCCGACCCCGACUCCGCCGGGGAGCCGCGGCCCGGCCCCCGCUCGCUCCGCCGGGAGCUGAAAGGGUCCACCCGGGGCAUCCUGCGCCUCUUCGCGGCCCGGCCCGAGGCCGCCGCCGCCCUGCGGGCUCAGGCCCGAGGCCGCCACCCCGUCGCCGCGGCCCUCGUCGCUCGUCUGGCGGAGCUCCGGGGCUUCGUGUUCGAGAAGCUCCUCACCAGCCCCGCGGAGGAGAGGGAGAAGAGGGAGUUCACGCAGGAGGUGGCCCGGCGCGCCGGGAGGAACGCGGAGGCCAUCCUGGCCCUCCGGGGAGAGCUGGACGCCGUGGUUCGGACCAGGGACGCCGAGGCGGAGAAGGACAACCUCGCCGACCUGCAGCUGAAGACCGACCUGCAGCUGGUGCUCAGGUUCUCCCAGACCCAGCUCCAUCGCACCCGGCAGGAGGCCGAGAAGCCGCAGAAGGCCGAGCUGCGCACCUCUCAGGGCCGCUGCGCCAAGAUCCAGCAGGACAUCCUGGCGCAGAGGACCCAGGUCAACAACCUGGUCUCGGAGAACCGCGAAAUCGAAGGGGCCCUCCGGAAGAAGAAAUAUAAACUAGAGACUGAAAUCGAGAACUGGAUCCAGAAAUACGACGGGGAGAUGGGAGAGAAACAGAUGGAGCUGGAAGAACUCCAAGCCGUGUACACCGAGGAGAAGGCCCAGCUGGCCCAACUGCAGGAAAAGCACGCGGUGCUGAGGCGGGAGUACACCCAGAUCACGGAGGAGAGGCAGAUCACCUCCAAGAAGAAACUGGAAGAGGAGAGGGAGCUGAUCGUCAUGGUGCGGGCCGCCACCCUCAUCCAGGCCUUCUGGAAGGGCUACCUGGUCAGGUCCCUGAUGAAGUCCAAGCGGAAGAAGAAGAAGGGCAAAGGGAAGAAGUAGGGACCCGCUAACCCCCACCAGCCUUCCCCCUCCUCCUGCCCGGUCCCUCCAGCCUCCUUCCCGCCCCCCCCCCCCGCCCCCAGAUGCCGGCAUCGUUACCCCCACCCGCGGUCAUCUCACCUGCCCCCAAACCAGACUCGGCCGGAGAGCCCUCCGGACCCGAAAUACAGGCUCCUCCUUCCUGA